AGUUGAGGACAAUUUAGUAUUUUUAGCACCAAAAAGUACCCUAGUAGCACAAAGUGUUUUAGGGUGUAAUAAAAUGUUGAAAAGUGUCCUAUAGUGUUAAUAACUCUAGAUGAAAAGCACUACGAAGACGCGUUCACAUGAAAAUUGCAUUGAAGUUUUCUUUUUCUUUUCAAAAUCACUUUCUAUAAACUAAGUUAAGUUUGUCCAGCUAAUCUAUUACUAUUCGGUUAUCAAUGCCAAACAACAGUGAUGGUCUAGAGGAGGAACAUGAAAGGUGGACAGAAAUGGAGAGUGAGUGGAUAUCUUUAACAGAUGAUCUACGAAUGGAUAUUGAUAACCACCGUAGACACGCAGCGGAUCUGGAGAUAGAACUCAGAAAAGAGAAAACGGCUUCGGAGGAGCUAAACGACGCUCUUGGUAGAGCCAUGCUUGGUCCCCUAACAUCAUACAAUGACUUCAUUGAGCAGUACACUGAGCUCCAGGAGAAGUAUGAUGAGUUAGUUAAGAGGCAUAACGUGACGUUGGCGGGAAUAGUUGAUGUGAAGAAAGCAGCGGCUAAAGCUGCAGUGAAAGGUCGUCAUGGGAAGAGUUUUGCCAAAGCCUUUUCAGCUGAGCUUACUGCUAUUAGAGCUGAGAAGGAGAAAGAAAGAGAGUUCUUGAAGAAGGAGAACAAAGGACUUAAGAUUCAGCUGAGAGAUACCGCUGAAGCUGUUCAAGCUGCUGGAGAGUUACUGAUCAGACUCAGAGAAGCUGAGCAAUAUGUACAAUCCUCUGAGGAACGUUUCAGCUUACUUGAAGAAGAGAAUGCAAAGUUAAAGAUGCAGAUGGAGAAGUUAAAGGGCAAGCACCAGACAGAAAUGAGUACAAUGAAGCAAUAUCUUGCGGAAAGCAAAUUGCCAGGGUCUGCAUUACAGCCAUGGUUCACGGGGAAUGAGGAACAUUUAUCAGAAGACAGAACCGGUUUGGUCAAGGAGAAUGAAGAACAUGGGUCAGAAAAGAGAAAACGGCUUCGGAGGAGCUAAACGACGCUCUUGGUAGAGCCAUGCUUGGUCCCCUAACAUCAUACAAUGACUUCAUUGAGCAGUACACUGAGCUCCAGGAGAAGUAUGAUGAGUUAGUUAAGAGGCAUAACGUGACGUUGGCGGGAAUAGUUGAUGUGAAGAAAGCAGCGGCUAAAGCUGCAGUGAAAGGUCGUCAUGGGAAGAGUUUUGCCAAAGCCUUUUCAGCUGAGCUUACUGCUAUUAGAGCUGAGAAG